AUGCACAUUCUUGGUCUUUGCAAUGGCUCUAUCAAUGGGAACUCAGAGAUCCUACUCAAAGCAGCCUUGAAGGCUGCUACUGCCACCGACUCGUCAAUCUCUGUCUCAUGGAUCCAUGUACCUGCCGUUGUACUCCCACGACAGCACCUACCCUUCAAGGACGAUCCAUCUAUGAUCCCAUAUCGUGAUGAUGGAAAACAAUAUCAAUCCAGCAAGAGAGAGCCAGAUGACCGUCAGGCUGCCUUUGAAGCUAUCAUGGAUGCUGACGCCAUCAUCAUCGCCACCCCGGUGUACAGCCACCAACCUGCAGGGACCCUCAAAGCUCUUGCCGACGCCAUACUCGGACCUUAUGCUGAUGUGUCCAUGGCCUAUGACCUCAAGCGCCGACAGGAAGCGGGCGAUGAGUCUGUAAAAGACUUGAAAGUUGAUCCACGAGACUUCAAGCCUCGUGUGGCCGGGUUUAUUGCGGUGGCCGGGUCUAACCCUACAUUCCCCGAGCAGUGGACAAUGGCUCUCGCGACAAUGCAGACGUGCUUGUACCCCAUACACUCCCGUUUGGUUGAUCAAGUUGUAUUAUCAGGGUAUGCAAGCCCUGGAGCUGUAUUAGCUGAUGCUGGAACUGCUCUUGCACGUGCUGAGCUUCUUGGCCGUCGCGUGGCUAGUCAGAUGGGAAAGCCCUAUGAUGAGGCCCAGUACCUAGGGCCUGAAGAGAGCGACAGUUGUCCUUACUGUCAUCUACUCAAGAUUGAGUUUCGUGAAGGAAAUAGGGUUGUCUGCAUCGUAUGCGGCGCAAAUGGAAUUCUCGAACUAGGACCUGGAGGUGAUAUUCGCCCCGAAUGGGAGAAGGACUCGAAUGUUAGUUGUCUCACACUUAGAGGUAAGAUACAGCACAGGCAUGAUAUCCGAGAUAAACUGAGUAUGGAGCAGCCAAAGCUCGCGUCUAUUUCUUCAGCUUUUGCCAAGUGGAAGAGUUUAGAAUUCCCCCUGGCUCCUCUGCCUAGCUUACAGGAGAAGUUCCCAGGUCGUCUAUAA